AUGUCGGGGACGCGGGGGGAGCUGCUGACUGUCCUCUUCGACUGUACGGCCCUCUACUGGGGCGCUGUCGGCUUGGAGCCCGAUGCACGGAGCGGAGAGCGCCCCGGGACCGUGCGAGAGCCGCCCAUCGCGCACCCCCUGCCUCUCUCCGCCGCCCUCCACCACACUGUCGAAUUCCUGCAUGCGUACCAACUCAUCGACGACGCACACCGCGUCGCAAUCUUCACGGUGAGCGACGCGGGCAGCCGGCUGAUCUACGAGCAGGUGCCGCUCGACGACGCCGGCUCCGGCGCGGCCGCAGGCGCAGCAGCGACGGCGCCACAGAGCCUCGCGGCCGCGCUCGUCGCCGGCACGCGCGACGCCGUGCUCGAGAGCCUCCACCAGCGCAAGGCCCUCGGUCUGACGCAAACCGACAUCGCGGCACUCCCCCCCUCCGAGCGCAAGCCGAAACUCCUCCUCGCGGCGGCGCUCACGCGCGCCCUGUGCUACGCGAACCGCGCGCUGCGCGCCGCCGCGGCCUCCGGCGCCCCCGCGCCGCGCCUGCGCAUGCUGUGUCUGACGGCGUGUCCCGACACCCCCACCCAAUACAUCUCCACGAUGAACGCGGUGUUCGCGGCGAAGGAGCUCGAGUGCUGCAUCGACACGUGCAUGCUCGGGACGGACGACAGCGCGUUCCUCCAGCAGGCCGCGCACGUCACCGGCGGCACGUGCCUGCGCAUGAAGCACCCCGGGACUCUAUUGCAGCACCUGACGCUGACCUUCGCGGCGGGGCCGGAGCAGCGCAGGAAGAUCAGGCACGUCGCGCAGGACCGCGUGGACCUCCGGCCGGCGUGCUUCUGCCACAAGCGUCCCGUCAGCAUCGGGUACGUGUGCAGCGUCUGUCUGUCGAUAUUCUGCAGCGACCGGAAGCGGUGCGGGACGUGCGGCGCGGAGAACGCGAACAGGAUCGACGGCGCGGCCGCAGGGGGCGCGCCGGGACCGAGCUGA